GUUUGUAGAGUUUUCAGGUGUUUGUUCAAUUAAAUAGUGCCCCACAUGAAGGAUCAAAUCGCCAGUUGGUUAUCUGUUUUGUUUAUGCAUUAUUUGGAAGGUAUCAUGUACUGGACCAAGUUGUAUAUUGCUGAGGACCAAAAGAUAGUGGUGGCAUCUGUUUGAAACACAAAAAAAGAUGGAUUUUCAGAGUAACCCACAGGGUGAUUAUGGAAGAUUUGAGCAAAUACUUGCUCAAUAUCUUCUAAAAAGCUUGCAUAUUAUUUUGAACUUGAGGGUUCCUUCGAUAAGAGCAUAUGGUGGGUUUGAAGAAGUGAAGAGGAGUGACAAGUGGUUUAAUAUGGUGUUGGGAGAUCGUCCUGUGGUUUUUGAAAACUUGAAUCUGUUGCAUGGGGAGCCGAUGAUAAUAGAUAUAAUACUUGUUCAAGAUAAAGAUUGUACUUCAUUGAAGCACAAUUCAGGUAAAGCAUUUGCAGGGGCAUAUACAGAAACCAUUAUAGAGAGGUGGGUCGUGCAAUGUGAGAAUCGGAGGUCAAUGGUUCCUCACAUGGGUGAUUCCUCUUACAAGAAAAUGUACAAGAAGUCUAUUAUACUGCUCCGUUCCGUUUAUUCAAUGUUGAAGCUCCUGCCUGCAUUCAAGGCCUUCAAGAAACUAUCUUCGUCAAGUCAGAGUUGUUAUUUUGAUAUUAAUUUUAAGGUAUCUUCAUUUAGUGAACCAUUCUCAAGGGCAGAGGAGGAGAUAAUGAAGCAAUUUACUUUUACUUCAGUUGAUGCCCAGCAAGGCCGUCUUUCCUUAUCUGUGACAUAUCGUGAAAAUCUGGUGGACUUCAACCUGGAGAGUUCUGCAUCCUUUCCGCCUGAUAUCAUUACAGAUUAUGUUGGUAGUCCACUCACUGAUCCUCUGAGGUCAUUCCCUUUGUACUCAACGGAUAAGGGUGUUCAUAAUACUUCAUUUCCAUUGAGAAGGACACAGUCCUCUUGUUCAGCACCUGUUCAGCGCCCACAGAGUUGGACAAGUGGUCUCUUCGGGGCACCUUCUUUACCUCAGCCAUAUGUAGGAUCUCCACCUUUGUACCAUGCACCAUAUGAGUUUUCAACUUCAGUCAGUGAUGUAUAUGGACAGAGGAUUCCACCUAACUACAAAUAUUCGACUCACCAAAAAACAACUAGUUUUGAUGAUGACCAGCUUUCCCCUCCAUUUUCAUUAUCACCAUCUCCACCCACAUAUCUCUCAGGUGCAAAUCUUGUGCAGACUCGUUUGCAUUCAGAAACUGGUCCUGUCAGUAUCCCUCAUCCAUUGAUAGGAAGAACUUCCAGACACCUAUCUCCUAAUUUGUCUGAUCCAAACAGGCAUUAUCUCCCACCUAUGUCACCUAGAUGCACAAAGCAUGAUUUUUCAUCCCAUGAAUCCCCUUUUGGAAUCAGGCCAUCAAGGAAAAUAGAUUUGCUAAGGGUUCCCGAGUCAGAUACUGGGACUACUAAUCCUGGACAAAAGGUGUCUACAGAUGCUAGAGACGAUUCAGGGCGGUUCUCAGGUGUGCUCUCUUCAAGUGAUUCACCACGUGUUGGAGUUUCUAGAAGUUCCAGCAGCAGAUUAUCUUUUCAGGAUGACUUGGAUGACUGUGAUUUUUCCUGUCCUUUUAUAGUUGAUGAUGUUGAUACUUCUGAUUCCCGAGCCAGAGAGAACCUUGAUUCCAGAAAGUGUUCAGAAGCCUCGUCUAAAGUAUCUGCAACAGCCAGAAAAUCUCAAGAUGCUGCUGUAGGUGCCCUUGUUCACAUGCUGAGAACUGCUCCCCCUUUGCGUCAAGAUUCUACUUGUUAUAGUGCACAUUCUAUAAAGGGAGAAGUAGAGGGAGAAACUGGCACUGCAUCUCAGUUCUAUGUUCCUAGGAAGGCAUCUGAUGCAUUGGAGGAGCUUAAAGCUUACACACAAUUGAAAGAUAUCUUACUUCCCAAGAGCAUGACCCGCUCAAGCAGUGAUGGUGGGAACUUUGCGUGAUGUACAUAUAUACUUGUUGCUAAGUAACGUUAAGGAGUGUUUACUGUGUGAGAGGAGUGAGGACUAACAUAUUCUGUACAUAAAUGAUGGGAAAUGGCAAGUAUGAUAGUCAAUAUAUUACCUGCUUUUGACACUACUUGAAAACAUUUGUGUUUUGAAGAAACAAGUAGCAGUAAUCUUAAAAUAA